AUGGCUGAGGAUGAAUGCAAGUACGUACCUCCAUGGACCCAGGGGGUGUGCAAUAUCAGAGUGGACCUGCCUGCAGCGUUUUGUGGAGAUGGACGUAAACUUUUCGCUACCUGGAUAAAGCAGUUCGAAGCGGCGGUCCGCGCUCAGACCCGGGGUGAUGGGAGAAGCUAUGCCGCGUCCUUAACCGCUCUGCUGCCCACCCGGCUGGAUGGUGCGGCGUUUCUGUUGUGGGACAGCCUGCCCUCGUCUGUGCAGUGUGAUUUUGAACGGGUGAAGGAAAAACUCAAUGAGGCUUUUGGACAGAAACAGUUUUUGCUGUAUUUUCAGACGUGCGUCUCGGCUCGUCCCCGUGGGGCGAGCGAGAGCCUGGAGCUGUACGCUGCGGACCUUUCCCGGCUCGUUGCUGAAGCUUUCCCGGAGUAUGACAAAAUGGCACAGAAUGGUGAGAAGUUCCGUCGCUUUCUGGCUGGACUUGACCCUGGGCUGCGGGCCAAAUGCCACGAACAGGGCGCAACUGACUUGGAGGAAGCACUGAUGAUAGCGGGUCGAUGCGAGCGCGCUAGAAUGGCCCUGGGUGUGGGUCUACAGAGCGGACCCGGCUCCCAUCCUGCACCAGCCACGGUGGCCUCUCUCUCCGCGGCUGAGGGGACAGCGCUGGGCACUUCCGGAGUGACGGGAAAGCUUCUCGGUGCUGUGGAGCGGCUUACAGACAGGAUGGACAAACUACAGAUGGAGGUGGUCAAUUUGAGAGCACAACGGAGUGACCACACACCUCGCACUAGUCAAGGUUUUCCGUGUGCCUGCGAGUGUGGCGGAUUUGGCUGCAGAUCCUCUGCUCGUGAGCAUCGCGUGGAGUGCAAUGGUCGUGCACCGCGAUAUGGUCGUGCACCGCGAUACGGAUCCAGGUAUAUCCGGGAGUGGUCCCCACAGGCGCAGGAGGAUCGGGGCGCGGCGCCUGAUUACCCUCACUGCCGUGAAGAGGACGAGACUCCCCGGAGAGGACGUUUCUCCGUGGAGCCAGAGUGGAGACGCGGUGUGAGAUUUCUGUCACCCGCUCGGCGUUCACCUUCUCGGCGUUCCCCUUCUCCUUCUCCAAUCAGACGGAACCAGGGAAACGACCAGUAA